AUGGAAAUUGUGUUAGUGGAGACUUCCCUCCGUUUCCACGUGCCAGAAGGCAUUACCUAUGUCAAGGAGGGAAAUGAGACAUUACUGUUACUCAUUAAUCUGAAUUUGACACAGGAGAAAUCUUCUCAUCCAGGUUCCCACGACUCCUUCAGUUUUUACAUCGACGAAGCCUCACCAGUUGGGCCGGAGCAGCCUGAGACCGUGCAGAACUUUGUCUCUGUGUUUGGCACAGUGGCCAAGAAGCUGAUGAGGAAGUGGUUGGCGACACAGACCAUGAACUUCACCAGCCAGCUGGAGGCGGGCAUCCGCUUCUUUGACCUCCGCAUAUCCACCAAACCCAGAGACCCCGACAACGAGCUCUACUUUGCACAUGGCCUGUUCAGCGCCACCGUACGUGAAGGCCUGGAGCAGAUCAGCGCCUUCCUGGCCUCCCAUGCUCGCGAGGUUGUGUUCCUGGACUUCAACCACUUCUACGGCGUACAGAACCUCCAUCACGAAAAGCUGGUCCAGAUGCUGCGCACCAUCUUCGGGGACCGACUCUGUCCGGUAGUGUUUGCUCAAGAGGUAAGCCUGAAGUACCUCUGGGAGAAAGAGUAUCAGGUGCUGGUCUUCUAUCACAAUCCCAUGGCUCUGGAGGUUCCUUUCCUGUGGCCUGGUCAGAUGAUGCCUGCUCCUUGGGCCAAUACCACAGAUCCCGAGAAGCUCAUUCAGUUCCUUCAAGCCUCAGUAAAGGAUCGGAGACGUAAGGGCACCUUUUUUGUGUCCCAAGUGGUUCUCACUCCCAAAGCAAGCACCGUCAUGAAGGGUGUCACCAGCGGUCUGAGGGAGACCAUCACAGAGAGGGCUCUUCCUGGCAUGAUGCAGUGGAUCCGCUCACAGCGACCUGGGGAAAGUGGAGUAAACAUCAUCACGGUCGAUUUUGUGGAGCUGGGGGAAUUUGUCAGCGCCGUUAUCACCCUCAACUACUACCUGGAUGAUGAGGAAGAGAACGCCACCUGAACCUCCACAUUUCCCACAUCGCUUGUGGUAUCAAUUACUUGCUCCCUCUCUCUUUGCCAUAUUUUUGUUUUAUUGAUUUUUAUUUAUUUUUUGGAUCAUAGAGGCUGUGUUCGUCUGACAUUUUCAGGGCUAAUGGAAACCGUGAGAAUGAUAGUAGACACCAGACACGGUCAGGUGGAAUAAUUUCAGGUUUUGUCUGAGGAUGAACAGGGGCAGAUGGUGAUUUCAUUUCUUUCUGGGCAAAAAAGGUGACUGGCCUUUUCCCAUGUUUCUCUGCUUUCAAUCUGUUGGACUACUAGUUACUGAUCCACAUGCUCGAAACCUUGAUAAGUUCUGCCCAGAUUCUGCUUCUGAUCAAAGUAACAGUAACUUUAACUCAUUUCAUGGGAAUAAAUAUCGUUUGUACAGUGAAUGUGAUGCUGAAUCUAUAGUAGGUUUAUUUCUAGUGGUCAUAGUAACUUGUAUGAUUGUCGAGUUGUAAAUACUUGUAAACCUGUUGAAUUGUAACUUUGCUCACUAUUUGUCAUGCCCGAACAUACGUCAAGAGUUGAGGUUCCCUUUGGGGCCUCGGCCUGGUCUUACAAUGUUGAAGAAGUGAACUAUUAGAUGUUUGUAUUCGCAACCAAAAAUUGCAAUUGUAUGUAACAGCAUUUUUGCCUUUCUGCCAUUAUCAACACUAAUAAGUGAGGCUUUGUAUCUACAUUUUUGUAGUCAUCCUUUACUUUAUCCAACAGAUUCUUUUAUAUAUCCGUGAACAACAUAAAUAUUCUUUGCAUUUGCACUGCUGUGACUGGACUGUUAAAGAGUGGCCACUGAAGUUGCAGAACCACCCCCCCCAUACAAUCCAUCACUUAAUAAUGCACAAUUUGCAUUCAAUCAUAAACAUGCAUACAUAAACAAACAAACACUCAAGAGACUCACUUAAUGGGUGUGAACAGACUUAUUAUGACACCAUUUUCUAAUUAGCCAGACUAAUUGGGUAAAGGGCCAUGCUAAUGUUUUAAUCACACAGAUACCAAGUAAUUGCAUUUGUUCAAUAUAUGACAUUAUGAAACAAUUUCCCUCACUGCUGCCUUCUCUCUUUUACAGUCAGGUGACGCUGGAAAACUAACUAGAAAGUUUGCAGCAUUGUUUGUUUAUUGAAGUGUUUAAAUCAUUUUUAUUAAUGUGACAAUCCCAUGGCCAACCUGGAGCAUGUACUUGCAUUAAUCAUGCCUUUGUACAGUAUAAAAUCGCACGUAGUUGUCUAGGUCAAUAAAUUGUAUGUAAACUUUCUAUGGGUAUAUGUCCUUAUCGAACAUUUCUGACAAAUCUGGUGUACAAUAAAUGUAAAUA